AUGUCUUAUACGUAUCUUAACUUAUUAACCAUGACGUUUAACGUCUCCUACGGGGUUGCUCUUCCAGGACUACCACCACGCUCUCGUCGCUCGGGGCCCACUAGUUGCUGGGACAGCUAGCUUUGAUCUCCAACGUGCGCCUCCUGCGCGAUGUUCCGGCUUCGACGGCGUCUUAUACGUAUCAGUUUAAAUAUAUCAUCAUAGGAGAUGCUGGUGUCGGGAAAUCCUGCAUUAUGCUGAACUUUAUUGACAAACGAUUCAGACAAGAGCAUGAUCUUACUAUUGGCGUUGAAUUCGGCUCCAAAAUGAUUGAUUCAGAUGGGACGAAGGUCAAUUUACAAAUAUGAGAUACAGCAGGAUCUGAAAGCUUCAAAAGUAUCACACGUGCUUACUAUCGGUCAGCUGCAGGCGCAUUUUUAGUGUUUGAUAUCACAAGGAGAGACUCUUUUCAGCAUAUUGCUGAAUGACUGGAAGAAGCCAGAUUUAAUGGGAAUCCCAAUAUGACAAUGAUGCUGGUUGGCAAUAAACUAGAUCUUCAGGAUGACAGAACUGUUUCGUAUGAAGAAGCAGCGAUUUUUGCAAGAGAAAAUGGGCUUCUAUAUAAAGAGACCUCUGCGAAAACUGGAGAAGGGGUCAAUGAAGUUUUUGAGGAACUUACAAGGACAAUCUGCAAGAGGAUUGAAGAUGGAUCUGUAGACGUGGGGAAUCAAGGAGGGAUUGUUAUUAAGGGAAAGCCAAAAGCGCAGGAAAAUAAAAAGUGCUGUGGCUAG